AUGUCCACUGGUCCACCUAGCCUUGACGAAGGCGAGCCUCGGCGGAAGAGAGUCAGGAAAGGCACACGAAUCCUCACUCUGCUCGAGCAUCUUCUAACCGAUAGCAAAGGCAGACGAAGGAAGGUUCGAUGCCAACUAUGUUCCGACGACGUAGCAGUCUGCUCCGGUUGUCUAUCACGAGGUACGACAUUUCUCAGUCAAGAGUACGCAGAGGAACGAGAACCAUCGAGUAGGGCCCAGGUCAGAGAGAGACUGGGUAGGGUAGAGGCUCUUCUCGAAACUCUGCUUGGGAAAAUAUCAGCCUAUAAGGAAGAGGACGAAGCCCAAAAAAUGAUGACACCUAAGUCGAUUGGAAAUGAUGUCCUCACUCCGUCUGCAGUGUCAUCGUCGAACAUAAUGAAUACUAGCCCUCUCAUUUCCUUUUGUGAUUCCCCAGGGGUAAGCAUCGCAUAUAUUUCAAAGAACCAUGCCAUACAAAAGUCCGACACCGCGUCGACCGCAACUCUCAACCUUGCUGAUCUCGUGAAGACCCAUUCGACAACUAUUGCAAGAUCCUUACUUUUCAUCGCGAUUUGCUUACAACGACUUGAUCCCGAGUUUGACACAUCAAAGUUACACUUGAUACCAUCUCCGGAAGCGCGAAUGGAGAAGAUGAUUGUUACGGUGCAGGGACUAGUGACUUCGGAUGAUGAAAUAGUGAGCACACUCCAUGGGCUUGAGGCAUUGUUGCUCUUGGGAGUGUUCCAUAUCAAUGCCGGAAAUCCACGACGUGCGUGGUUGACUCUUUGGAGAGCUAUGAGUGUCGGUCAGUUAAUGGGUAAUCACAAAUCAGAGCCUACCUUAUCAGGGGGCAGACAGAUGUGGUUUCAGAUCACUCAAGCGGACAGGUAUCUUGGUUCUAAUAUGACUCCAGCGCUUUUCUUGGGGCAUCCAGCUGGAUCUGAGAACUCCGAUUACACGGCAGAAGAGACAUUCGAGAAUCCGAAUACCGAUAAAGAUCUCCUGAUGCCAGUCUCUUGGUGGGCGAUGCCCGAUAAAGUCGUGAACGAUCGAUCUUCCGAAGCAGCUUUCACAUUCGACAAACUGAUGACCCAGAUCUGGUAUUUCCAGCUGGAAGCACUGCUUCACCUCCCAUGCAUGCUCAAAGUCAGGCGCCGCUAUGACUACAGCAAGUUUAGCUGUCUAAUGGCCUCUCGCGAGAUGAUGUGGCGUUACCUUGCCCUUCGCAGCGCAGAGAACAGAUCUUCCUGCUGUAAGGUGGUUGAUUUCUCUGCACUAACCGCGACAGUAACCCUCUUUCUUGGUCUUCUGGAACCAGUCAUUGGGCCAGAAAGCCAAGAUAGGAAGAGUGAUAGGAAUUUUAUUCAAACGGUCCUUGAAUCAAUGGAAGCGCUAUCUCAAAGGGGCAGAGAUUUUGUUGCUACUCAGAGCGCCAGCGUCAUCAAGAGUUUGUUGGCGGUGGAUAGUAGGUCCGACCAAAGUCAUGGCAACCUCAAGCUCACAAUCCCUUACUUUGGCACGAUCAGCAUCGUACGCCCGAAUCCAAUAAUACCGAUCCCACCGAGCCCACCUGCCACGGCUCUCCCCUACAUUUUACCAUCUGAAUCCCAGGCCCAAAAUCAGCCUCACCAGCUACAGCAGCCGCACACCCUCACGAUGGAUCACAAUCAAUCUCCGCCGCGAGACCAACGAUGGCCAACCCAUAAUUCUGUUCCACAGAACUCAAUGAGCCAGAGACCGCACAGCCUGCCGCUGGUAUCAUUCACAGGCUCUCAAUUUCCUCCCAUGCCACCCAAAGAGCCGCAAGAGGUCCAGGAUUGGGGGUUGCCACAGGAGAUGGAUACGCUAUUCUUUGACAGUUUGCUAAACACGGAUCUCGAGGGUAAUUGGAUCUUCUGA